AAUUCCUCCUAACUCCCCAAGCAACCAUACACACACACACACACACAAAAGGAGACAAGAAACCAUUUCCAUUCACUGUACUCCUAAAGUCUCACCAAAACAAGAAAACAUCAAACUAAACCUAGUAAAAUCCUACAAACCUUAAAAAUGGUGACUGCAGUUUCCACCUAUGAUCCCAGGGCAAAUCUUCAGAUAGGGAAGAACACCCACCACCCGAAUGGAGGAAUCAUGACUGAAAUCGAAGGCCUGAUCACGGUUUACAACGAUGGACGCGUCGAAAGAACCUCAAUCGUUCCGAACGUCGCCGCUAGUAGUCUUCCUCAACAUCUCGGAGUUACAUGCGGGGACGUCGCCAUUUUCGAACCUUCCAGAUUAUGGGCACGCGUUUAUGUCCCUAACGGCUCCCCGGGGAGGUUACCGGUUCUUAUUUACUUUCACGGCGGUGGGUUUUGCGUCGGAUCCGCUGCAUGGAAGUGUUACCAUGAAUUCUUGGCGAAUCUUUCGUCGCAGAUUCCAUGCGUGGUUAUCUCCGUGAAUUAUCGUCUGGCGCCGGAGCACCGCCUCCCGGCCGCCUACGACGACGGCGUCCGGGCGGUGGCGUGGGUGAAGCAACAGGCCGGAAAAAGUUACUCCGGCGGCCGUGAUGGCCUAAGCUGGUGGACGGACAAGUGCGAUUUUUCUCGGAUUUUCCUCGCCGGCGACAGCGCCGGCGCCAACAUAGCGUACAACGUUGCGGCGAGCGGCGGCGGCGGGGUCAAGGGUUUGGUUCUGAUUCAGCCGUUUUUCGGCGGCGAGGCGCGGACGGAGUCGGAGAAACACGCGGCUCAGCCGCCGUUCUCCGCCCUGAGUUUGGCGGCGUCGGACGCGUACUGGGCGCUGGCGCUGCCGGAGGGGUGCAGCCGCGACCACCCGUGGUGUAAUCCUUUGGCGACGACGAGAAUGAAGAAUUUGAAACUUCCGCCCACAAUGGUGUGCAUAUCAGAAAUGGAUAUUCUUAAAGACAGGAACAUAGGAUUUUGCGCCGCCAUGGGGACUACGGUUGAAAAGGUGGUGUAUAAAGGAGUCGGCCAUGCAUUCCAAAUUCUUCACAAUUACCCUCUUUCUCAGCCCAGAACUCAUGAAAUGAUGUCUCAUCUCAGGUCCUUUGUUGUCCAUCAUCACUGAAUUAAACAUGCAUGUUCUAGCUAGGGUUUUCUCAUACUGUAGCGGGAUGAGAUUAAUCCAAUUGAGUAUUAGGUAUGCUCGAUCGGUUCUUUUGUUUAAGUUUUAAAUGCAUGUAUGGAAAUUAAAACAAAAUUGUACUACUCCUUAGGAUGGAUAAGCUCAUGAUAUAGAUGAAGGAAUAUAUACACAUUAAGGGGAGUGACAUUUUUUGUUUUCUUGGUUGUUCAAACAUUACAUCAUGUACUCUUGUAUUGGUAUAUGAAUUGAAUUGCCUUGUCGGUAGCUGAUUCAAUUUAAA